CCUGAAGCUGGAGUGGGGGAGGGGAGGAAGUCUGCUGGGAAAGGUUUUCCUCCUCUGUGUACUAGCCUCUGUACGGCUCAUAUUUCACAGCAGGAAACUAAUAUCGGCUGGCUAACAUGUCGUCUUGAGUGACUAAAUCAGGUUAAUAUGCAGAACAGCGCCUUUGUUAUGCUUUCCUCCGAAUAUUCUGGAUUAUUGGUGGAUUUUGAAUCGCCUACAGGAUAGAAACUGAAGCCUCCGCGGGAAGAUAAAGAGCAGCGAGAUGGGAAAUAUGAUACUGAUGGUGCUUCUGGCGCUACACCUGCCGACAGAGCUGCUGUCCAUCCAGGUGACUGUGUCAGAAACAGAGAGGUCGACGACUCUGUUCGCCUCAGUCAUCCUGCGCUGCGAUUUUUCAACUUCUGCAAACCCUCAGGAUGUCCUCGUCACCUGGAGGUACAAGUCCUUCUGUAAAGACCCUGUGUUGGAGUACUACUCCACAGCCUAUCAGGCCGCUCUGCAACUGGGUCAGGACCCGUCCAACGACUGCCCGGACAACCAGCGCACGGUCCGCACUGUCAUCCAGAAGAGAGGCCUCAAUGAGCCCAUACUGGGAGCAGAAUACAGAGAACGCAAAAUUACCAUUCAGAACAAGGCCGACCUGGCCAUCACUGAAGUGAUGUGGUGGGACAAUGGCGUCUAUUUCUGCUCCAUUGAUGCUCCCGGUGACACGAUUGGAGACUCUGAUAAAGAAGUCAAACUCAUCGUGUACCACUGGCUCACGGUCCUGUUGAUCAUCCUGGGAGCUCUCCUUCUCAUCAUGCUCUUCUGCAUUUGUUGCUGUCAGUGCUGUCCGCAGAAGUGCUGCUGCUACGUCCGCUGCCCGUGUUGUCCACAGACCUGCUGCUGCCCAGAAAAAGCUGUGAUGCAGCACAGGAUGAUGAAGGAGGCUCAGAAGGCGAUGGUUCCCUGGAUGAAUGGUCAACCCAUUUACGCUCCCAUCAGCUCCAAUGCGUCCUCUCAGGGCGUCCCCAUACUCUAUUCAGGCUCGUACUCAGACUAUCCAGUCAAGCAAAAUUUUGCCAUGGCUCCGAUGCAGCUGUCCCCCAUGGCCCUGCAGCAGCAGCCCCCUCCUCCUCCUCCUCAUCAUAUGAACGGCAGCGUGCGGAGCAGCAUCCAGGGAACCAAUCAGGUGCUGGACUACCUGGAGAACCAAGUGAGGGGGCUGGAUGUGGUGGCACCUCAACAGGCUCCGUAUGCUGUACAGAAUAUGCCCCCAUUACAGCCUCAACCCCAGCACCACCCAGCCCCAGCUGCAGUCCCCAACACACACGGACCCCCGAGUAUGCUGUCAGCCCUGGAUGAGAUGGGGGUGAGAGGGGUGGAGAGACGGGUGAUCACCCUGCCUCCUAUCAUUCAGCGUGCACCUAGUCUCAACUCACGUAGAGGGCCUGGAGGUGAUGGAGUCAGAGGUGGGGCAAGGAUAUCCAGUCAGUCCAGUGGGAGCACAAACCGCUCAGGAGGAGGGGGUCUCCCCCGCAGCAGUCGAGGCUACAGAGACGUCUCCCCACCCAGACGGGGGAUCCUGCGAGACUACAGCGAUGAGUCAGAUUGGGAGAACAGGCGAGGGCGGGCGCCACACAGGAGCUCAAGGAAUGACAGUGGAGGCUCGCCUAGGAGGAGAGCAGGUGGGUCCAAACGGCGAGCUCGUAGCCGCGACGACCUGAUGGAGGAGCUGUACAACAGAGCGGCUCGGAGGGAGAGAAGCUAUUCUCCUCCUCUGCGCCGCAAAGGAUCCUGGAGCUCAGACGAUGAAGACAGCAGGAGGAGGAGAGGAGGCAAAGGGAAGGAUUGGCCAGAGCAACCCCCAAGCUACUCCUCCAUCGAGAUCCAGCCUGGACACACUAACGACCGAAGGAACUACCACCGCCUCUCUGAUAGAAGCUCCCGUAGUGGCACCAGUGUAGUCAUCUGAAGCAUUUCUACUUUUUUCUCAAUUUUUUUCCUGAAUGUUUCCAGAAGAGUGACGAUGAAGACAAGGAGCAGGAACUUUGCUCUGUUAAAUCAGCAUAUAAGGAUGAAGUUUUGGUCAAUGUUUUGUAAUUGUACUGUACUGUACUGUAUAUAUGUUAACUCUGUAUUCACUGUUUUUGCAGUCUCUUGUUAUUGAGAUGAGUAAUUUGAGAGAUUCUUGUCCUCAUAUUCAGUGUUUUUCAGGUUAUUUUUUUCUCUGGUGAUGGUUAAAAAUUUCCCUCUGAAGGUUUUUAUGAAGAAAAGUUUCAACAAGCACAUUGUUGGAUACUGUAAGAAAGUCACACUUUGUUUUUGUCUGUUAAUUUCAUAUGUUGCUUGACUCUGUACUGUUGAAAAUGGUUUUAUUGUUCAAAGACAGCCAAGAAAGCAAGCACAUUUGCAAAAUAGCCCAUUUGUAGAGAGUUUAGAUAGAAUAGUAGAAAAAUUGUAUUUUUUAUAAAUGUUUGCUUUUGAAUGCAUGUUUAAAUAAACAUUUUUAGAUACGG